AAAAAAGAGAGGCCGGGUCGCCUCUUGGUUCUUAUCGCCAGCGCUUCCUCCUCUCUGCCUCCGCUCCAAGCUACUCCACUCCCCUAGUCUAAUCAAGCCGUUCAUCGUUUCCUCCUCUCCGAUGGAAGCGGCGGCCGCCUCCUCCUCCCCUCUCUCCGCUUUCUUCUCCCGCCCCGCCUCCCGCCUCCGGCCGCCCGGGUUCCGCUUCCUGGCCCUCUCCGUCCCCUUUCUUGGCGAGCUCCACACGCGGCGCUGCGUUGCCCUGAGACCCCGCUAUCUCCGGCUCUCCGUCGCCGCACGGAGCUUCGGCGACGGGAUCAUCGCCCGGCCGUCGUCGGAGCUCCGGAAGAAGCAAUCCAGCGGGAGCCUCACCGAGGACGAUAAGCUUCGAGCGCUCCGCGAGCUCUUCUCCAGGCCCGGUAUCGGGAUCGACGUUUAUAUAAUCCCCUCUCAGGACGCCCACCAGAGUGAGUUCAUUGCUGAAUGUUUCAUGCGACGAGCCUAUAUAACAGGCUUUACUGGUAGUGCUGGUACUGCUGUAGUAACGAAAGAGAAGGCUGCUCUAUGGACUGAUGGCCGAUAUUUUCUUCAGGCCGAGAAGCAGCUGAGUUGUGAUUGGAAGCUUAUGCGCAGUGGAAAUCUUGGCGUUCCUACAACUCCUGAGUGGCUCAAUGAUGUCUUGGCUCCUGGUUGCAGAGUUGGCAUUGAUCCUUUUCUUUUUUCUUCUGAUGCAGCAGAGGAACUGAAGGAGGCAAUUUCCAAGAAGAAUCAUGAAUUAGUUUUUAUAUACGGCUAUAAUCUUGUUGAUGAGAUUUGGGGGAAAUCAAGACCAAAACCUCCCAUGAAACCAACAAGAGUCCAUGAUAUUAAGUAUGCUGGUGUAGAUGUCUCAGCAAAAUUGUCUUCAUUAAGAUCUGAACUGAUUGAAACUGGUUGUACAGCUAUUGUUAUAUCAAUGCUUGAUGAAGUUGCCUGGCUCUUAAAUAUGAGAGGAAAUGAUGUUCCACAUUCACCUGUGUUCUAUUCUUACUUAAUUGUGGAGAUCGACGGUGCUAAACUGUUUAUUGAUGAGGCUAAAGUCACCAAGGAAGUAAUGGACCACCUGAAAAGUGCUGGAGUAGAAUUGAAACCAUAUGAAUCCAUUCUUUCUGAAAUAGAAAGUUUGGCAGCACGAGGAGCAAAACUCUGGUUGGAUACAUCUAGUGUAAAUGCUGCAAUUGUUAGCAGAUUUAAAUCUGCUUGUAAUAAACAUUUUGCAAAAUUUGAAAAGCAAGCAAGGGACAAAAAAGUUGACGGAGAAACAUCUCCAGAUAUGGCAACAAACAAGCAUCAAGAUAUUCGGAUUGAAGGGCCAACUGGAUUGUACAAGCUUUCCCCUGUCACCCUGGCCAAAGCAGUGAAAAAUAAGUCAGAGAUUGACGGGAUGCGCAGUUGUCAUUUAAGAGAUGCAGCUGCUCUGGUGGAGUUUUGGGCUUGGAUGGAAGAGGAAAUUCAUAAGAAUGCAGUACUUACAGAAGUAGAAGUGGCUGAUAAGCUACUUGAAUUUCGUAAAAAGCAAGCUGGUUUCAUGGACACAAGCUUUGAUACUAUUAGUGGUUAUGGUGCAAAUGGUGCUGUAAUACAUUAUAGUCCAGAACCAGAUAGUUGCAGUGUUGUUGAUGACAAGAACCUCUUCCUCUUAGAUAGUGGAGGUCAGUAUGUUGAUGGUACAACUGACAUAACAAGAACAGUACAUUUUGGUGAACCUACACCACGACAAAAAGAGUGCUUCACAAGAGUUCUACAGGGUCAUAUAGCUCUUGAUCAGGCAGUAUUCCCUGAGCACACUCCUGGUUUUGUACUGGAUGUACUAGCACGUUCUUCUUUAUGGAAAAUUGGGCUUGAUUACAGACAUGGGACUGGUCAUGGGGUGGGAGCUGCAUUAAAUGUCCAUGAAGGCCCUCAAAGUAUAAGCUUCCGAUAUGGAAAUAUGACUGCUUUGCAGAAGGGUAUGGUUGUAAGCAACGAACCUGGCUAUUACGAAGACAAUUCAUUUGGUAUUCGGAUUGAGAAUCUCCUUCUUGUUGAAGUGGUUAAAUUACCAAAUUGCUUUGGAGGCAUAGGAUAUCUUGGUUUUGAAAAACUUACAUUUGUCCCAAUUCAGAGUAAACUAGUUGAUGUAUCCCUGUUAUCUCCUAUGGAGAUCAAUUGGCUCAACGAUUACCAUUCACAAGUUUGGGAUAAGGUAUCACCUCUGCUUGAUGGUUCUGCUCGUGAAUGGCUUUGGAAUAACACAAGACCUCUUCCAGCACGCUAGCUCUCGCUUGUUCCUACUCUUUGUUGCCCAUGAUUACGAGGUAACUUGCAGAAGACUGAUUAAUAUCACUGUAAAAUAUUUUGCACAUAUAUAGCACAAGUAAAAAGAGUGCUUAAAUAUUGGUUGAUUGAACAUCCAAUAGUUUCUUAGCACAAUUCGAGAUUUGUUGUUAAAAUAUGCUCCGGGCAAACACAAGUUAGCAGUGGCCGUAUAAUGAAACACCAAUUCGUGGUUGGGCCACUUGGAUCCAUCCGUGUUGGUGUUAGACCAACGGACUAGGGGGGUCUCUCCCAUUUAUAUUGUGAUCCCGAGUUUCCUUCUUGCA